AUGGUUGCUUCCCUGGGCUGGGCCACCACCGAACUUAUUAUGUCCCGUGGCAUCCCCCUCUGGAUUGGAGCUUGGGGGCAUUGGUUUGACUGGAAAUACAUCCAGAUGAGCAUUGACUCCAACAUCAGUCUGGUCCAUCACAUCGUCGCCUCUGCCCAGGCCUUUGCCAUGGAGACCUUCGUCCACCUCUGUUCCCUGGGCAGCUGGACGGCACUGCUGGCUCGAGUGCUGGUGACCGGGCUUCUGGCCCUCAGCAGCUCGGCCCUGUAUGUCAACAUGCACACCUAG